CGUCAGUGAAUGGAUCUGCUGCUGGCGCGCUCUCCAACGGUAAUAAAGUCCGGUGCGUUGCGUCCGAUCGCGGCAGAGCUGCGGAGAGUUCGACCAUUGAGGGAAAAGAACCCAACACAGUGUUGGAUUACGACCAGAGGGGGCGCUGUGAGUAUCUGAGAAUCUCUCUUUCCCUGUCCCGUGUCUCUCUUGACCUGUCUGUCCAGUCAACAGUGGAUGGUGACCAGCCAACAAACCCCAGAGGAGCCGUGAGGCGCUUCUCAAUUCCUCAUCUGCCAGGACACACUCCAGUAAUUGUCUGGCCACCAGAAAGAGCUGCCGACACAAUGAGUUCCCACAGCCACCCAGAUGGACAUCCUAGUAAAGAGCAGCCUCUGGAGUUUCUGAAGCCAUCUGGAGUCAACCACAUUCCUCCUGUUGAUGUGAGUGCGGCUCUGCCACUGCAAGAGCCCCCCUCUGCCAUCCCCAUGGACCUGCGCGUGGAUCACCAGUUCGCUCUGACCCCGACAGACCCGGCUCAACGUGAGCAGCAGCUGCAGCAGGAAUUGCUCGCACUUAAGCAGAAGCAGCAGAUCCAGAGGCAGCUUCUCAUCGCAGAGUUUCAGCGGCAACACGAUCAGCUCUCGCGCCAGCACGAAGCGCAGCUGCAGGAGCAUGUCAAGCAUCAGCAGGAUCUUCUGGCCCUGAAGCAUCAGCAGGAGCUUAUGGAGCACCAGCGAAAGUUGGAGAGACAUCGUCAGGAACAAGAGCUGGAGAAACAACAGCGGGAACAGAAGCUUCAACUACUCAAGAACAAAGAACGUGGCCAAGAGAGCGCUGUGGCGAGCACUGAGGUGAAGAUGAGGUUGCAGGAGUUUGUCCUGAAUAAGAAGAAAGCACUGGCCCAGAGGAGCCUCAACCACUGCCUGCCUAAUGACCCACGCUACUGGUAUGGGAAAACCCAGCAUAGUUCACUGGACCAGAGCUCGCCACCUCAAACUGGGAUUCCCACUUACAACCAUCCGUUGCUGGGAAUGUACGACCCCAAAGAUGACUUCCCGCUCCGCAAGACCGCUUCUGAGCCCAACCUGAAACUGCGUUCCAGACUAAAGCAGAAAGUGACAGAGCGCAGGAGUAGCCCGCUGCUGCGGAGGAAGGACGGGCCCAUCACCACUGCUAAGAAACGCUCUCUUGACAUGGCAGAAUCUGCAUGCAGCAGUGCACCUGGUUCAGGCCCCAGUUCACCCAACAACAGUUCAAACAACAUUACCAAUGAGAACGGAAUCACUGGAUCCAUCUCCAGCAGUCCAGUUGAGCCAUCAUUGGCACACAGACUGACUGGCAGAGAGGGACCUGUUAGCCAGCUGUCACUGUACACGUCACCCUCCCUCCCCAACAUCACCCUGGGUCUUCCAGCGUCCGGCCCCUCCAGCGUUGCAUCUGGCCAGCAGGAUAGUGGCAGAAGGGCAGUGCCAGGAAUACCUAGAACCACUCCGUUCAUGCCUGGGGCCCAUCUGCCGUCUUACCUGGCUGCCUCCACCUUAGAGCGGGAGGGCGGCUCGGCUCAUAACUCUCUCCUGCAGCAUAUGGUGCUUCUCGAGCAGUCAGCAGCGCAGAACUCGAUGAUCGCAGGUCUGGGGGGUGUUCCCCUGCAGUCUCAUCCUAUACACAAGCUCCGGCAGCAUCGGCCCUUGGGACGCACACAGUCGGCUCCACUGCCUCAAAAUGCUCAGGCACUACAACAGCUGGUGGUUCAACAGCAGCACCAGCAGUUCCUCGAGAAACACAAGCAACAGUUCCAACAGCAACAACUGCACAUCAGUAAGAUGAUGGCGAAGACAAGCGAGCCGGGCCGACAGCACGAGAGCCACCCGGAGGAGACGGAAGAGGAACUGCGGGAGCACCAGGGGCUAGCCGAUUCCAUGGAGGGUCUUCCUCAUAGCAUCACCAUUAAACAGGAACCUCCAGAUGAACAGGAUGAAGAGUUCCACCAGAGAGAGAGACAGGCAGAGGAAGAGCUGCUCUUCAGACAGCAAGCUGUCCUGUUGGAGCAACAGAGGAUUCAUCAGCUGAAGAAUUAUCAGGCAUCUAUGGAGGCGGCCGGGCUCUCAGUGACAUUCCCCGGCCAUCGUCCUCUAUCCAGAGCACAAUCCUCUCCGGCUUCAGCCACAUUUCCCAUCAUAGUGCAGGAACCUCCGGCUAAACCACGCUUCACCACCGGUCUGGUGUACGACACGUUAAUGCAGAAGCACCAGUGCAUGUGUGGAAACAGUAACAUACACCCAGAACACGCUGGCCGCAUUCAGAGCAUCUGGUCACGAUUGCAGGAAACGGGACUGCGCAGCCAGUGUGAGUGUAUUCGGGGAAGGAAAGCAACUCUGGAGGAGUUACAGACCGUUCACUCUGAAGCUCAUGUGCUGCUUUAUGGCACCAACCCACUCCGACAAAAACUUGACAGCUCGGUGACACCCAUGUUCGUGAGACUCCUGUGUGGAGGAAUCGGGGUUGACAGUGACACUAUCUGGAAUGAACUUCACUCUUCCAGUGCUGCUCGUCUGGCUGUGGGAUCUGUGGUGGAUCUGGUCUUUAAGGUGGCAUCGGGAGAACUGAGGAACGGCUUUGCUGUAGUACGGCCUCCGGGACACCACGCUGAGGAGAGCACCCCAAUGGGAUUUUGCUAUUUCAACUCUGUGGCCAUUGCUGCCAAACUACUGCAACAGAGACUCAACGUCAGUAAGAUUCUGAUUGUUGACUGGGAUGUUCACCAUGGAAACGGGACUCAGCAGGCCUUCUACAGCAAUCCCAAUGUCCUGUAUUUGUCUCUCCAUCGCUACGACGAUGGGAACUUCUUCCCUGGCAGUGGUGCCCCUGAUGAGGUGGGCAUCGGUCCAGGUGUGGGAUUUAAUGUGAACAUGGCUUUCACUGGAGGUGUGGAGCCACCCAUGGGGGACGCAGAGUACCUGGCAGCAUUCAGAACGGUGGUCAUGCCAAUUGCCAAUGAGUUUGCUCCAGAUGUUGUGCUGGUUUCUUCUGGUUUUGAUGCUGUGGAGGGGCAUCCAUCACCUCUGGGAGGAUACAAGCUAACGGCCAAAUGUUUUGGCUACCUGACCAAGCAGCUGAUGGGACUGGCCGGUGGCCGGCUGGUGCUUGCCCUGGAGGGGGGUCACGACCUCACAGCCAUUUGCGAUGCCUCUGAAGCAUGUGUUUCUGCUUUGCUUGGAAACGAGUUGGAACCUCUCCCUGAAGAAGUGCAGCAACAGAGGCCAAACCCCAAUGCCGUUCACUCCAUGGAGAAAGUUCUGGAAGUCCAUAGUAAAUACUGGCACUCGCUGCAAAGAUCUGCCUCGACUCUGGGCUACUCUCUGCUGGAGGCUCAGAGGUGUGAAACUGAAGAGGCGGAGACUGUGACCGCCAUGGCCUCCCUGUCUGUGGCCAACAAACACAUGGGAAUGAGGACAGAGGAGGAGCCCAUGGAAGAGGAACCUCCAUUGUAGAAGGUCCGUUUAACUGCCUUGGUGACCCUCGUGGUUCAGAGCCUGUUUAAGGCCUCUGUCCUCACUCUGCUCUCUCCACCCGUUUCAUUUUUUGUCCCGCCUCUGCCUGGCAGGGCAAGAUGUGCGCACUUUGAGCACGGGACUCGAAACGGCCUGAAGAAAGCUCCAUGACACCCAGAGUGCAACAGUCUAAAACGUCUCGGCUGUGUUAGUCAGUCUGUGUCCGUGGCAGAACGUCCAGGAUUCUGUACCUGGUCUGUCCACAGGGAUGCUUACUUUUGAGCAGGACAUAGACUCAUGUUCCAUUUUUAGACGUGAGAGCUGGUGCUUUCAACACAAACUUCGGUUUCCUUUCUUUCCAGAGCCACUAAAGUCCACACGACUUUGGCUGUGAGCAUCAAUGCGGCCCUGUCCUUGUUGUUUUAUUCGUCGUCUUGUUUGUCUUUUCUUGAGGAAAAAAGGGACUCAUUCCAUUUGUCAUCCAAGUUACUGCUAAACUCAUCUGAUGUUGUUGACGAGAGACCCACAAGGGUGGAAGAUGAUAUCUGAGAUUGGGAGAGAGUGAAGAAUUGAGAACCCUACAGAGAGCCAUGAGAGUGGACAAUGCGAGUUUGUGCCUUUUUUGUGAUGGAUUGAGAAGAACAUUGCCUUAAACUAGUUACAGGAGGGGUUGAAGAUGUUGAGCCCCAUUGCACCUCUUUUCUUGCUUUUCAAGAGGUGGAGACACGUGAGGGUCAAAGGCUGGCCUGAAGAAUCGGAAUAAAACCCACAGCAUGUUUACCAGGAACUCCCUGCAGACAUUGUCACGUUUCACAUCCAUUAUGGACCUUUUUACUGUUUUCUGUUCUGUCAUUUUACUGUGCUUGUGUUGUACAUUACAUAACAACUAAACUUGUAAGGUAGUUGCCAGCUAUCCAAGGGCAAACAUCGUUGGAGCUCUUUGCAAUUGUAUUUUCCAGUGCUUUAUAAGGCAAGCCAAUGUGUAGCGAUUUAUUUGAACUCUAAUGACCAAAUAAGCACCACCUCCUCAUCCUCCUCUUCGAAAGGGUUGAACAGCAUGCACCGUUACGGAACAGCUUUCCAUCUGCCAAGUUUGAAUUCAAGUGUGGUAGAUUCACAGCAACUAGUUUGUAGCAUGAAUUUGCUGUUGAAACAGUAGUUCUUUGCCACUAGCUGUGAGCAUCAAGUAUGGGGCUGCAAUGAUGAUUUGUCAUACAAAAAAACACACAAUUUGUGGUUUAAAAGAAACUAUUUAUAUUUUCCCUUCUCUUAACACACAUUGUUCUUUUAUAGCUAUAAAUGUCUAGUAUUGAGAUUCCUUUACAGCUAAUUAAGGGCAGUAGCGUAUCACUACUAUUAUUCUACUCAGCAUAUGGUAAGUUUUAUUGACACCUUUGAAACAAGAGGAAAAGGGCUGGUUAUGAUUUUAAACGUACCAUUUCGCCUUCAGAUGUGCCACCUGGUGAGAUUUAGGGCUGGUGUAAAGCGAAACAUUUCCUGCCGAUUGGUCUGUCCAAGGGCAUCGCUACACAACGUAAUGGGCCUUUCACCAUAGGGGCAGGUGCUACUACUCAAACCAGGAAGUAGCGAGACCACCAGCUUCCACUCAGAAAACAAUCGUUAAAAACACCUCUGAGACAACUGUGAUUCUCAGAUAAUCUGCAUGGGACUAUUUUGGCGUAGUUUUGGAGCUGCACCCCUGACCUAAAGGGGGCAGGGUACCAGUGCUUCUAAAUGGCACAUAGAACUGUGUAUGUAUAUAUACGCAAUUAUGCAUGCUGACAGUAGAUUGUUUGGCUUGACUUUGAUUGUACAUUUAACAUUUGGAUUCAGGACUGAUUAAGAGGUAAUUAUUUUGUUUGACGACCCUGACUCAAGUUUAGCCUCUUGGCAACUACCUUUGGCAUUGUUUUUCGUGUGUAUCAUGUACGUUAAAUAUGAGACACAUUAAGGAAGGGGAUUUGAUUCACUGUUCCUUAAUUUCAUUUUUAUAUAUACCUGUCACGUAUGACUACUCCACUUUGGGUUUUCGCCCAUUUUUUUGUCUGUUGUUCUUUGUUUUGUUAUUUUUUUCUGGCCUUUUGACCUUGUUUGUCUUCUUUUUGUUUUUUGUCAUUUUUUAUAUAGUUGACCAUGUGUUUUACAUGCUUAAGAUUUGUGUUUUUUUUUUUUUUUUAUUGAGCGCGAGAGAGAGUAACAGCCUUUUUUUAAACAUUCUUAAAAAAUAUUUGUUUUAUCUUUUAACUGUUUUUAUUUGUAGAUGUGGGAUGUUUUACUUGUAUAAUAAUUCCAACAAUUGUGUAUUUACUGUGUUCUGUUCAUAGUAGAUUUAUAUUACAAAGAGCUAUAGAUAUAUUAUAUAUUAUAAAGAUUGCAGACUCGAAUGAGAACAUUUGUAUUGCAAAGUGAUAUAUCAGUAUGUGGCACUGAUUCUGAAGGCACUGUUUCAAGCUGCUGUUGGUUUCAUGCAUUCACAUUCUGGCCGCACCGCAACCCCUUAAUCAAAAGCAUUUUGCUCGUCAUGAUUCCAGCUUUAUUCUGACAGAGCUCUUACUCUAAUACAAAAAUCUACCAGAAAAUAUUAUGGACUGGCACUUUAAAUUUGAUGCCGAGUUAAUGUGGUUAGACCAAGUAGAUUAGAUGCUGACAUCACAAUGAUCAUUGUUUGGUCAAUGCAAAAUGGAUUUUGAUUGUAAUAUUCUUCCCUUCAUGAUUUGAAAUAUGUUUGGAUUACCUAAGUUAGCAUUGGGGUGAAUCUCAACAAAUCUGUUAAGAACAUGUCUGGGUCAUAUUUCUUCCCCAAAAUCAGAAGAAAUUAUAUUUUGCUUAAAUGUAAAUAAAUGAACAUAUAAAUAUACAUUAGAAGGUGUUAUAAAUAAAGCAAAUGUUUAAGAUAUUUUACAUUGUGACAUUAUUUUCAUGAAAAUUAAGCCUAUUCCCCCAAACGUCCUACCUGGUUUUAUGACAAAUUGUGAUAAUAGUAUGAGAUGGUGAAAUCAUAUGAAUUGGCUUGUACAAAAACGUGUUCCAAAAAAACUUUUACUCUCAUACAGAGAGACCAAGAUUUUAAUAAACAUAAGAAAAAUUUGGGGUUUUAAACGAGUGUUUUUAUAAUUUUCCUAAGUUUUGUAUUAAUUUGAAAUGUGGUUGGUUGGUCUCUAUGGGAAUAAAAGUUUUCGUACAAACCAAGUUGUACAAUAUCUUAAGACUUCGCCAUCUUGUACAAAUUAUUACAAGAGGCCAUGAGACUGUUGCCAAAUUCUCACUACUGUAAUGCACAAAAGAUUACAUUAUCGUUAGUGUAAUUCAACUCCGAAAAAGUUGGGACAGUUUGAAAAUUACUAAUAAAAACAAAACAUUUUGUAAUUUGUAAAUUAUAUUCAGCUAUAUUGCUAUAUUGAAAGCAUUACAACUACACAUUAUAUGAUGUUUUACCUUGUGAAUUUCAUUGUUUAUAUUAUUUUAGAAAUUUACAGUAAUUUAGAAUAAAAUGAUUGCAACACGCUCCAAGAAAAGUUGGGACAGUUGAGUGUUUACCACUGUGAAACAUCAACAUUUCUUCUUAUAACACUUAUUAAGCAUUUGGGCACGGAAGACACAAGUUUGUUAAGUUUAGAAAGUGGAAUUUGUCCUCAUUCAUCCAUUAUGUAGGUCUUAAGCUGCACAAUUUUACGGGGUCUUCGUUCCCGGAUGGUGUGCUUAAUAAUGCACCACACAUUCUCAGUUGGAGACUGAUCAGGACAAUCUUGCACCCGCACUCUCAGCUUACACAGCCAUGCACUUGAAAUCUAGGCAGUAUGUGGUUUGAAGUUGUCCUAGUGGAAAAUGCAGGGAAGUCCCUGGAAAAGACGGUGCUGGAUGGCAGUAUAUGUUGCUGCAAAACGUGUACAUAUCUGACUGCAUUCAUGGUGUUCACACAGAUUUGUGAGUUACCAAUGCCAUGGGUACUGAAACAUCCCCAUACCAUGACAGACACUGGCUUUUUACCCUGACCAUGAUAAAAGCUUGGAUGGUCCUUUUCCCCUUUGGCCCGGAUAACGCGACGGCUAUGUUUUUCAAAAACUAUUUGAAAUGUUUACUCAUCAGACCAAAAAACACGGUUCCUCUUUUCUACUUUCCACCUAAAAUGAGACUGAGCCCAGAGCAGUCGGCAACGCUUCUGGACAGUGUUGAUGUAGGACUUCUGCUUUGCAUAGUAAAGUCUUAACUUGUAUCUGUGGAUGCAGCGGCGAGUGGUGUUUACUAACAAAAGUUUACUAAAGUUAUCCCAAGCCCAUGUUCAUGAUAUCCAUUGCAGAUGAGUGAUGUUUUUUAAGACAGUGACAUCUGAGGGAUCAGAGAUCACAUGCAUUCAGAAAUGGUUUUCGUCUUGCCCUUUACGUACCAUGAUUUGACCAGAUUCCUUGAAUCUUUUAACUAUAUUGUGCACUGUAGAGGAUGAAAUGCCCAAAAUCCUUCCAAUUUGUCUUUGGGGAACAUUGUUGUCAAAGUGCUGGACUAUUUGCUGAAGCAUCAGUUGGCAAAUUUACAAGUCUUGAACUAUCCUUGCUCUUGAAGGUCUAGGCUGUUUUUGGAUACCCUUAUACUGUAUAUGAUGACACGAUUUCUUCACCAGUUUAACAUCUGUUUCACAUCUCCUGUUCCACAUCGCCUUGUUAUUUCAACUCGUCCAAUUGUUAUUAGUCUUUAGUUACCCCUGCCUCAACUUUUUGGAGCGUGUUGCAAUCAUCUGAUUUGAAAUUACUGUACACAGGUAAAAGAAAGUCACAAGGUAAACCAUCAUAUAAUGUGUAGUUGAAGAGCUUUCAAUAUAGCAAAGGGUGAAUAUAAUUUACAAUCACUCCUUUUUGUUUUUAUUAGCAUUUGUCAUACUGUCCCAACUUUUUCAGAAUUGGGAUUGUAUUUUUAUUUAUGAUGGUUUAAAAAAUACAGUAAAAAUCACUGUCACAAUAAUGCACUUGAAUAAAAUGGGAAUUCAAUUAAAAAAGCUCUAAAGAAAAAUAUCUAGAUGCAUUACAGUAAUGAGAAUACGGGAUGAAAUGUGCUUAAUUGUCAUGAAAAUAGUAGGCCCUAUUUUAAUAGCUCAGCGUUAUGUGAUAAAUCAUAAGCGCAAGUAUGCGCUAAGUCUAGGCGCAAGUGGGUUUGACGGAAUUGUGCACGCAAAGCACUGAUGGGCUGAGAUGUACAAUUUAAUACCAAAUUCAAAAUAUUGGAGAGAGUUGUCUCCCCCGCCCCCUCCUCCCCAGACUCGAUGCUCACGCGGGUUGCCAGGUCGAGGACACGCAACAGGACCGAGCGAACUGACAAUGGCAAGCGACGAGCCUUAAGGUGCGUUCACACUGCCAGCGACUUUGUCGCUGCAGGUCGCCAGUGGCUGGCGGUUAGGUUGCUAGUGGGCAUUACCAAUACUGGUUGCCUAGUAACGUUUAUAAAUGAUAUUUAUGAUAUUUUGCCAUUCCAUUGCUGUUGACAGCGAAUCACUUUUCUUGCUAAAAACGAACAUUUUGGAGGGAAAAGACUAAAUAUAAAGGAAUCAGUACAUAAAAUGCUUUAUAUCAAAGAUGAACGAGUAACAAGGCGUGCUCUUUGUCAUAGCAGCUGUUUAUCAGCGCCAAAAACACAAACGCCGGUCUGUCAAGGUCCACAAAACCGUUCAAUCUCGGAGUCAGCAUGGUGAGUACCACCGGCUGCGGCUGGAUGAAGUCCGGUUCCAGCAGUACUUCAGGCUUGAUAGGACCCAGUUUGAUGAGCUGCUGCAGAGGGUGGGUCCCCUGAUCUUUCCAUUACUGCAGGAGCUGAGAAAGGAUCACGUGAGCUCUACCGUGUUCUCUCGUAUUGGCUGUCACUCCCGUAAGUCGCACUUCAUUUGAAUAAAGUUCAACUUGUCUUAACUUUGUCGCGUCACUGGACAUGCCCACAUCUGGUCGCCAACGGUCGCGAAAGCUCGUGUCGCUGGAAGUCGCCAGCUCUCAUUGAAAAUGAAUGGUAUGGUGUCGCUGUCUCGCGCGAUGUCGCUGGCAGUGUGUACGUAGCUUUACAAUGUAAGUUGAUCAGCUAAUGUAUACUUUUGCAAUGUUUUUAUUGUUUGCGAACUAUAAACCAGCACAUGUGGAUUUUUUAUAACUCUGUGUUAGCUAGUUGUAUUGCUGGCUACCAUGGAUGCAGUGCGCUGUGUUUACUCAUUAACUUGUUUCAAACCUGGCAACCCGCGGUAUCGAAAUACUAUUGGGAAAUGGGCUUCUUCAACUAGCCUCUUUUGCAUUGACUUAAAAAUCACUAAGACAACAGAUGGAAAAAUAUUAAUACAAAUUAGAUCAUAAAUACAAUUGUAAAUAUAAGCUUAAUAAUAAUGUUAAUUGAAAUAUAAAUGAUGACCUCUAUGAAAAUAGCUGAUUGCACUUUGCGCCACUAUAUUUGCUUACGAUACACCCACUGUUUGCGCGCAUACACUCGCAGAUAGUGCAAAUACGGCCUCUUGCGCUAGCAUGAAAAUCACGCUUAGAAUUAACACUAUCACGAAAAUGGGAUAAGACAUAGCGCAAGGUCAUUGUGCGUAGCGCGACACUUAGCGCACUCAUUAAAGAAAAGCCUUACGUCACAGUGGUCCCAAAAAUUGGCUUCUGUUUGCAAAAUAUCAUUGUAAUUAUUUAUUUUUUCAUUCGAUCUUGUGGUGGAAUUUGACCUGGAUUUGUUGUCAUGAAAUUCACUUGUCAGUGUUUUGUUUGGGUUAAUGAUGUCAGCAGUCACUAUCUGGACUCUUCUGUUUGUUAAAUAUUUGUCGUUGUCUUCAUUUCUAGCAUGAUCUAUUUUGGGCCUUUUGGCGGCAUCAUAUCCAAACUAUAUCCAUCAAAUCGGAUUUAUUUUUUUAAGGAAGUGCAAAGGCUGACAUUUAUUGAAAGUGUCCUGUAAAUGUAAAGCGACGUUCCCAUAAAGUCUCGUAAUAACACUAAUACUCAAACUAAUAAAAACAGCUAGUGACAAAUCAGACCAUAACUCCAAACCACUUUGCAAUAACAGUCUCAAUAACGGCACAGUCUUGUCAAAGGAACAUCAUUAUCCCGUUCAUCUGGAUAGUAAUUUACUUUCCUCUUGUUUUGUAUAAAAUAUUUUUUUCCCUGUUUUAUUUUACCUAUCUGUCAUUCCUACUAAUUUGCCGUGAGGUCUGGCUUGAGCGUUGUUUAUUUGCAGGCCAGGGUGAAGUUGAUUUCAUUCUCUCUCCUUCACAGCUGUAGAUUUCUGCAUGGAUUGUGCAUCAGCAUGCCUGUCUGUCCUUGUAACAUAUUUGCACAAAAGAGGAACACGGGAGGGUUUGAGGUUUUUACAACAUUAGAGAAUGCAUAGGAUGGAAGCUCUUCUAUUCCUCCUCUGAUUUUGGUCAGUAAAGCAGACAGAAUGAUGCUCUCUGUGUCCGACGGAUGUGCUUUUUACUUGUUGAAAAAAAACGUAAUGAAAGAGAAAUGAUUUUUGAAUAUUUUACAACAACACAACAAAAUGAUCUAGCACUUGUGGCAUAUGGACUAUAGACGUUAUUGUAUUUAUGUAUAGCAUUUCUUUAGGUGAACAACACACUGCACUACACAUACUGUAGACUGGCCUGUGUGACUUUUUUGCAUUUGGUUUGUUUUAUUUUUUCCACUUUUCCUCUAGAUGUAUUUUUGAGGCUGGAGGAAGACUAGGAAAAGCUUAGGGUUGUUCCUUUAGAACAUCUGGAAUCAUCAAAAGGCUUUUCCAGAUGCUUAACAGAUAUAUCUUUAGUUUGUAUAAAAGAUAAAAGAACAGCACUUAUCAGCCAGUUAUACCUGUGACCACUGUGGCUCGAGAACAGUUCUAGGUUUUCAAACAUGUUAGAAAUGCUUGUUAUUUUUGUCACUUUGUUUUACCAUUGUUACAAUAGAACUUUUCUUGGGACUUUUGCUCUAACAUUUGUCAUUGACAUCAACUAUAAAAUACCUUGUUUUUGAAUAUCGCAAUGUCUUGGUUUUUAUUUCAGUGAUCAUUCAUACUACAGUAGUUAGGCACACUGACAUAAACAUACUGACUGUUUUUUUUAUGAAUCAAUAUUCAUUUUAUCAGUUUAAUGGACAAAUGUUGUGUUAUCAUACUUUAUAUUGUUUGAUCACCAAAUAUAGACAAGAUCAGGGCUGGACUGGGAAGAGAAAUCGGCACGGGAAUUUUCAUGGCAAUUGGCUCAAAACUUGUUCGCUGUCCUUUUCUACAUAUCGCGGUACCGUUUUGUGGUCCGUUCUGCAUAACUUGUCGGCUCAUUUGAGCUUAUCGUGGCCCAUUAGGUGUGGUGGUGGCGUAGUGGGCUAAAGCACAUAUUGGAUAUUGGAAAAUCAAUUUGUAAAACACAAGUUGUUCAGAAAAAAAAUGCAACAAUUUGACAAAUAAUACUUUUACUAUAUACUGACUAAAUAUACCCAAUGCAGAACUUGUGAUAAUAUCUAGCAAUUAAGUUUGUUAGAACAUGAGUUUAUUGAGAUCAGCCAAUGCAGUGAGCACUGAAGCCAUCUACUGGCCAUAGUUGUUAUUUCAUGUAAUUGUUUUUUUUAUUUUUAUUAUUAUUAUUAUUCCUUCAGAGACCC